GGGGGAUCAAGGAUGACAGCGAGUGGGGCCGAUAUAUCGCGAAGAUGGCUGCGGAUAGAGAAAAGGUGGACUAUAUGUUCCUCUCGGCGUGUGGUGCGGAGCACUCGGCGUCCAUCAAGGUGCUGACCACAUACGACGACGAUUAUCAGGAGGCCCCGAUGUUCGUCCAGUUCGUUCCCACCAAAAAGGUAUGCGGGCCUCAAAGUGGAAGGCUCCAGCUUUUCCAAAAAAGAAGAGGCAAGGCUGAGGCAUCGCCAUGGUUUUGUCUGGUUUUCUGCUAGCUGACUAGCGCUCGUUUGAUGACUUCAGGUGAGUCUAAGAUGACCACACCGCUCCGCUUUAGACCAAGGAGUGCGAAGAUAGCUACUCGAUGAAGACAGCAUGGGCUUACGCAUCGGUCCCAACUAUGUGUUUUUUUUGAUUUUAUUUGAGAUUUCCACUUUGAGGCCCCCAUAAGCCAUUACUUUGACCUACAAUGGUGCCCACUACAAUGCGACGGAGAAGAAACCUCCCCUGUCCGGUUCCUCCGCCAGCUCCCCGUCCGAUUCCUCCGCCCGGUCUCCAGCCGUCUCUCCAGCCCGAAGACACCAGCCCGACGAGCCCUCUCCUGUACCUGGUGCCGCUGCCGAUGCCGAGUUGGGCUCGGGAUCCAAGUCCAACGACUACAGUGCCGCCGACUCAUUACGCCACCAGGCGAAAGCACUGGAUGCAAUUGCUUGCGAGCACUCCGCCGAGGCUUUGUGCCAGAUCCUUCGCGAUGGAAAAUACGAGACGCAGCCACUCUUCAGCAGCAUUUUCCUGAUGAACAAAUGGUGGGAGCAUUUUUCGACCGCGUCCGCGUCUGGUUGCUUGUCGGCUCGCACCAGUCCAAGGACAGGGUCGCGGCUCCUGCGGGGGGUGAUGGAUUGCACCAGGAAGCGGAUGUCCGCCGUUAUUUCCUCGCCGCGGGCCCUGACAGAUGUCGACCAUGUGUCUCUUGUGCUGACCGCGCGGGGCGUAGCGGGCGCUGUGCGGGCCGCACUCGGCCAAGAGAGAGGCGACCCCUUCGACGAGAGGACGACUUUAGCGAGCGCGACGCAGCUAAUGGCAGUGCUUGUUGAGCCCGUGCGACGCCACUGCGAGAAGUACGACGCCGAGUUUCUCGUGAUGUUUUUGGCCGCCGCCGUCGACUUGGGUUUCCACCAGUCCGCUCCCGAGGUCUUCGCGGAAAUCGCAUCGGGGCUGGCGCGUGCUUCAUCCCAGGCGUUCGCCGCAGGAACAGUCGAAAAGCAAGAGGCCGCCGCCUCAGGGGGUCCGGCUUGUGCACAGCUCGCAGCGGGUCAGGGCGAAGAAGCAAAACACCAGCAGCCGGAGGACCUCCAUGAACUCGAGCCGCCACCGCAGCUGGUACCACGACAGGACCGCGCACUCGUCGAGAACGGCCGAAAUGGGAUGGGCGAAGAAAGUCCGAGCGCGGGUCGUGGCCAGGUGGGCAAACGAAGUUCGAGGGCCGGAAGUGGCGGCGGCAAAAGACAAGGGCAGGCCGACGCGGAAUCUUCUUCGCCGGAAGUCGUUGGAGAGGUCGAGGUGAUUGAUUUGGUUAGUGAGUCGGGCGACGAGGAAGGGUUGCAGGGUGCUCCCGACGCACAUGACGUGCUGCCCGUGGCGGAACAAACCAGCGGGGACAUAAUCCAGCAACAGAACGCGGAGUACGAGGAAUCACUACGGGCGGACCAGAAGCGCGACAGAGAAGCCGCUGCCCGACAAAAAGCUGUUGCAGAGGAGGAAGAGCGGAGACUUGCGGCGGAGGAGGAACUGCGCAAGGGCGUGAAAAAUCGCGUCGCCGAGUUGGCUAUGCAUUGCAAAUAUGUCUGGGUCCGGAACUUGUCAUGCUAAGACUGGAUCGUACAGAAAAUCUAUGUUGCGGGAACACGAAAACUCCUCCUUUUCUUGAUUUGUAAAAAACGCAUUUCUACUCAUGUGCGAUAGGGAUGAUUCCGAAGCUCUUGCAUAAUCUGUGAUGCGCAUUGGCGCUCUUCAGAGCUUCCGCUUCGGUGCGAUGGUGAUCCAAAAGAUGCAUGACAAUCUUCCAGACCCAGACAUAUUUGCAGUUGAUAUUGGAGCAAAUCAGUCGAGAAGUAACCGCCACGGAAGAUGACGGCGACCCGGAGAUGAACGAGCUGAGACUUGUCUUCAAGCUCCCGCCAGACGGGAGGCCAGUGAAAUACGUAUUCUCAAAGUCCCGGCACAAGGUGCGUCACCUGUACGACUUCGUGGACGGAGAGUUGCUUGAUACCGGAGAAACGGAAAUCAUCGACAACUACACCCUCAUAUGCAAUGCAAAAGUAUCGUACUAGGUAGUAUGAUUCGCAUUACAAAUUAGCGCAGCAUUACAAAUGAAAUUUGUAAUGCUGUUUUACCUUAGGAAAGAGAUUUGUCAUGCAUAACAGCAAUUGCUACGAGUACGAUACUUUUGCAGUUCAUACCUCAGCAGCGGCUUUCCUAAGUUCACGAUCGAGAAGUCUGAAGCUACCCUGGAAACGACCAAACUGCAAAAUCAAAGCGCAGUGAUGGUGCAGAGGGAGUAAGCUAGCCUUCUGCUGCUUGUUCUGGUGUCGUCAGCUCAGUCGUGAUGAGCUACUCAUUCUCGGAGAAUAGCUACAACCUGGUGCCCAACAGCUUUCAAUCCUAGACAGCGAGAUGUACCUCAGCAGCGGCUUUCCUCAGUUUACGACUAAGAAGUUGAAGUCACAAGCUACCCUGGAAGUGACUGAACUGGAAAACCAAAGCGCAGCGAUGGCGCAGAAGAAGUGAGCUAUCCUAGUCCAACUUAUAGUUUCACCAGCUUAUUGGUGACCUGGACCUGCUCAUCCUGCGUCUGCGAGAAUGCUAACUCUAUGACAACCUUGUUUGACCAUAAUCAAACUUCAAAUUUGCGAGCGUGCUAAGUAUCCUAUUCAUGAUGGCAAAGAAUACACAAAAGACACACACUCUCACUCUGUCCGGCGCGAGUAGCAGCAUCAUUCAAUCUUGAAUGGAAUUACCUCAUGCAAAAUCGUCUUGUCUUGGUAGGACGAGGAAUGUUCCUACUCCUCUUCAUUACUCGGCUGACGGGUGCACUAAAUUUAAGCACAGACGGAAACUUUGAUGUUGAAAGAAGGACGUGUAAG